AGUCAAAACAUUUCCCAUUCUACACAACAACACGACGGCGACCAGAGACGAUAGUCGGCUUCAUAGGGUGCAGCAGUGUGCGAUCCAAUCCAAGUAGUCUCUCGCUCUCCUUGUUCGUUGUCGUCAAUGGGUGAUGGUAUUGACUCUUAAAAGUGUGACGUUCUGCACAAACCGACCGACAAACAGUGCGAUAGAGUGUCAGAGUGAAGGUGUAGAUUGAUUGACUGACUUACCGACUGAUAGUGGCAGCAUCUAAGCAAUGAGUGCGAAUAUUAGUGACGAAGAGGAGCUCAAGAUGUCUAGAUUGUUAAAGUUAGCUCAAAAAUUUAAUUGUUUUUACCUGAAUGGCCUAGCGAAGGGCGAGUGUCGACCAUUCGUCAUCGAUGGACAGCAGGUUGGACUGAUUAGCCAGAAUGUGAUGGAGCAAUUGUUCCGAUAUCCGGAGGUGUUCUGCAUCAAAGACGCUGAACAGGGUAAACAGAACAUCGUCGAGCUGAAUCCUGCGUUUCGCGACUAUACCGAACGUUCCGAGCAGGUCGAUCGGGUACUGAAAGAAUUCCGCUCCCAGGGUCUGUUUGUGGCGCUGAAGGGAUGGCGCAACGAAUGCUACGAAGUGCACGGUAUUACCGGAUCGCUCAUGAAGAUGGAACGAUCGGCCACUUCGCUGUUUGGGGUGCGUAACUUCGGCGUAACGAUCAACGGGUACAUCAAGCAUCCCUCGAAGGGCCUCUGCAUCUGGUUGCAGCAACGGGCCGACACCAAGCAGACAUGGCCCGGCAAGUGGGACAACAUGGUCAGCGGCGGGUUAUCCGUGGGCUAUGGUAUCCACGAAACGGCCGUCAAGGAAGCGGCCGAGGAGGCAUCCAUUCCGGACGGUUUGCUGAAGAAUCUAGUGUCUGCCGGUUGUGUGUCGUGCUUCUUCGAAAGCGAAAGGGGCCUGUUCCCGAAUACGGAGUUCGUGUUCGAUCUGGAACUGCCGGAGGAUUUCGUGCCUGAGAACAGCGAUGGAGAGGUGCAAGACUUUGAGCUGCUGUCGGCCAACGAGUGCCUCGAGAGGUUAUACUCGCCCGAGUUCAAGACCACCAGCUGCCCGGUGGUAGUUGACUUCAUGAUUCGCCACGGAGUUAUUACGCCGGAGAAUGAGAAAAACUUCACGCAAGUCGUUGAGCUCCUACAUGUCCCACUACAAUCGCUCUACACUUAUCGAUCGCCACCACAGACAAACGGCCUCACCAAUAGCAACGGCUUCAAGAACGGUCGCAUCUAAAUCUUAAAAAGGGUAAAACAUUAGAUGCAGGACCCCAUUACGUUGCACAUCCAUGGUAUACACUCGAUGGAUGCAGAUUUUUACGGAAAUUGAAUGCAGUUAGGCUAUUUACAUUAAAAACAAAUAUUAUAUUCGUAGGUACAUUCAACACAUAUAUGCUACGUAGAUGUUCUUGUCUUGUCGUUUUUUUUAAACAAAUCAAUCUGCUAAAUCUAUAUAAUCAAUAUAUAUUACUAUACCCUAGUAGCAUAUGAAAAAAAAAAUCAAUUGAAUCUUGCAAGCUACAAUCUUUACAUCGAUUCGUUUCGAUCCGUUGCGGGCGAGAGUUGUUUCCUGUUCUCGUUCCCAAUUUGCGUACGACAAACAACAAAAAAUGGAUUUUUAUGUAUUUAGACUAGAUAAGUGUAGAUUCUGUUUUCCAAUUUUAAUCUAUUUACAAAACGGCUCUAGCACACACGUUUAACAAAUCUGCAUCCGCUGAUUUUGAGCUCCCAGCAAAAAAAAGAACGUAUCAUCGAACUAUCUAGGCAAUUGCGAAAUGUUACAACACGCGAUCGUAUUACACCCUGUUCCUUGUGACAAACUUUUCUGCUCUAUGAGAACUGUUUACUCAAUUUAGUGAAAGCGUGAUUGAGAAUCGCCAUCCAAAGUAUACACACAUUAACUUUAGGUAUCAGUUAAGCUUGUAGGUAUGAUUGUAAGAGAUUUGAUAGUUUGAGACAUACAUACAGUGCGAGUUCUAAUGCUCGGUUUGUUUGUUGAUAAAUGAAAGCAGUGCUUGAAAAACGAAGUUUAUACAAUUUUAUUUAUUUAUUUAUUUACAAAACAGUGUCGAUGGAACGAGACUCAACAAGUUUCAGUUCUGGAAACGGGAGAAUGUUUCCAAUUUUCAAAUGGGUAUUCAUGAGUACGACGUACUAAGCGACCUAAAUAUAUGUGUUCCAAAUUGUUUAUCAUUUUUUCUAGCUUCAGCACCAUAACACAGUUAUCCAAAUAAAACAAUGAAUAUCAAUUGCAAUUAAAGUGAAACUAGCACGACAUACUGUUUGUAAUAUUAUCGUUUUCUGGUGAAUAAGCUCGCCUCCCACACGUGUUGAAAUGAUUUUUACCAGAAAUAUACUAGGCAUGUUCUUCAACCGAA